AUGGGAUUCGAACAGCAAUCCGAUGUGCCAGGAGAAUGGUAUUAUCUAGCGGAGCGAACGUCGAACAACGGUGACCGUCUGGUCAACUUGUGCGAACAGACGAGCCUCAUCAUCGCUUCCACCUUUAAGAGGAAUCAUCGACGCCAUCAGCUCACGUGGCAGGCGCCAACCCUUUUAACGCCCGAAGAGCAGCGCAAGCGGAAGAUGAGGACUCUUAAGCUUCAGCUUGACUACGUUCUGGCGAGGAACAUUCCUCAGCCAGAUAUCCGAAAAUCUAGAACUGUUUGA